AUGACUCUUGAUGAGAUGAAUCUUGACGAGAUGAUGCGUGCCGAGAUGACUCCUUCGUCAUUCCAUGAAUCUUUGAGUGGUGCGCCUUGCUUUCUUCAACGCAGACGGAUGUCUGAGUGCUCUGCUGCUGCUGUUUUGAAUCUCUCGACGAACUUGCGAAGAGACUCAUCUUUUCCCUGUGCCAUAGUGAAAAGAUUGGUGCUGCCUUUUGACAUAAACAUGCCAAAGUGUUUCAUGAAUGCCGUGCUGAGAUCAUCAAAGUUGUCGAUGGUCUCGGCAGGGAAGGUUCGAAAACCAGCUCGUCGCGUCUUUGUUCAUGUGCUCGAUGAACACUUGACAGUAGUUUGCGUCUUGUUCUUCGGGGGAGGCAUAUUUUGCCUUCUCAUGGCCAUCUCGAAGUUUCUUAGCCAGUUUCGAGGAUCGUCAUUGUUGUAG